AUGGAUUUGCAUGUAUAUGUUGUAUCUUCUUUCAGGUCAGGCCCCAAAUGCGUAUACAAGCUGGAUAAAACUUUGAAGGGACUCUGUUGCUCAGGAAGAUUGGCAGAAGCUGUUGGGCUAUUGUGUCGUACAGGAGUCAAGGCGGAACCAGAGACUUAUGCUCUUCUGUUGCAAGAAAGCAUUAUUUGGAAAGAGUAUAUGAAAGGAAAAAGAAUUCAUGCUCAAAUGAUAGUUGUGGGAUUUGUUGGAAAUGAAUAUCUGAAGACCAAGUUGUUGAUCUUGUAUGCAAAAUCAGGGAGUUUAGGAACCGCUCACUAUUUGUUUGAUAACUUGCUCAAGAAAAGCUUGGUUUCAUGGAAUGCAAUGAUUGCAGGGUAUGUGCAAAACGGGCAAGAAUAUGUGGGGUUGAGUCUUUAUCACAAGAUGAGACAGAGUGGUUUUACACCAGACCAAUAUACCUUUGCUUCAGUUUUCAGGGCAUGUUCUACUUUGGCAACUCUGGAGGAUGGGAAGCAAGUUCACGGUGUCAUGAUAAAAUGCCACAUUGUAGGGAAUGUUGUAGUCAAUAGUGCCCUCAUGGAUAUGUACUUUAAAUGUAGUGAUUUAUCUGAUGGGCAUAAGGUAUUUGACACAUCUGAAAUUAGGAAUGCCAUUACGUGGACUGCUCUAAUAUCUGGGUAUGGUCAACAUGGAAGGGUCCAAGAGGUCUUAGAUUAUUUUCACAGGAUGAAAGCUGAAGGUAUCAGGCCAAACUAUGUUACUUUUAUUGCACUUCUUUCUGCAUGUAGUCACGGAGGUUUGUCUGAUGAGGCUUGGGAAUAUUUUUCUUCCAUGACAAGAGAUUAUGGAAUUCAGCCAAGACGCCAGCAUUAUGCAGCUUUGGUUGACAUUUUAGGACGUGCUGGGAGGUUAGAAGAAGCCUAUGAGUUUGUUAUGAACUCUCCUUGUAAGGAGCACUCAGUGAUGUGGGGUGCUUUUCUUUGGGCUUGUAGAAAUCAUGGAAACAGAGACUUGUUGAACCUUGCAGCAAAGCAGUACUUUAAACUGGAAGCAGAGAAUGCUGGAAAGUAUGUCGUCUUGUCUAAUGCUUAUGCCACCUUUGGGCUGUGGGACAAUGUUGCUAAGCUUAGGGCUAAGAUGAGUGACACAGGGAUGAUAAAGGAGCCUGCCUACAGCAAACUAGAGCUUCAAAGGGAGACCCACUUCUUUCUUAAGGGUGAUAAAUAUCAUGAACGGUCCAGGGAUAUUUAUGAGAUGGUUGAAUUGAUUAACUACUCUCUAAAGGAUUCAGGCGAUGUUCUUUAUGUAGGUGGGAGCUAAUUCAUAUGAAAUAGAGCUAAUUUCCUAGAACCUAUACCGUUUUUCUUGUCCUAUAAUCAACUCGACAUAUUGAAGCUUUGUACUUUAGUGAUGUCUGACGUGAGUAAGAUAUCACAGCAUGUUUAAUUGGUAUUCAAACACACCAAAGUACGAAGAAUGGGGGACAUUAUUAGACUUCUGAAAGAUUGAUGUUUGCAAUCUUAGUACUCUGCAAAGUUCUUGGUGGGAUUCUUAUGAUGUUAGAUAACAGCACACAGAGUGUACAGAUUUCGGGUUUGUUUGAUUCAAAAAGGCUUCAAUGCACACAUAUGAACUAGAUCUCUGACAA